UCUGUCUCCCUCACUCGCUCUCUCAGCUUCUCUCUGUUAAUUACUCAGACGGAGAGAGAGAAACUGAGAUCAGACAUGGAUCGCAAAGUUUUGUUAUUCGCGGGCUUUAUCUGCAUUGUCUUCGCAGGCGUCGGAGGCCAAUCUCCUGCCACGUCACCCACCACCAGCACCCCUGCUCCACCGGCAACCCCCACAACUCCACCACCCAACAACAACCCACCACCCUCUCCACCAACCACCCCUCCUCCCACCUCUGCACCACCCCCCGUCACCGCGGCACCACCCCCAGUUUCCACUCCUCCUCCCGUAUCAUCUCCCCCUCCCGCCACCCCACCUCCGGCAACUCCACCACCAGCCUCCCCACCACCGGCAUCUCCUCCUCCAGCAUCUCCUCCUCCGGCUUCUCCACCACCGGCCACACCACCACCCGCAACUCCACCUCCUCCUGCAACUCCACCUCCUGCCGUUCCACCACCGGCGCCGCUUGCAGCUCCGGUUCCAGCUCCUGCUCCAGCCGUGAAGUCUCCGUCUUUGGCUCCGUCUCCGCUCGCACUGGCUCCGGGCCCACCCUCGCCGCCUGUAGGAGCCCCUGCGCCGAGCCUCGAGUCUGGCGCUCCUGGACCGUCUCAGGAUCAGAGUGGAGGGGAGAAGAUGUGGUCUAUGCAGAAGAUGGUUGGAAGCUUGCUCUUUGGAUGGGCUCUUCUCAGCUUGAUGCUUUAGAUCAGGAGGAGAUCUCUUCAUGAUCUCUGUGUCAGUGCCAGGCCUCCAUGUUAAAUUCUUUAUCUUUUUUGUAUUCAUCUCUCUGAUGUUAUUUCUUUGAUAUAUUAAAUAUUGGUUGCCAUUUUAAUUAGCCCAUUUCUGAAUGGGGGAGACUUGAUCAUCAUCACCACCACCACCACCACCAUUUGUAUUUGAACUAUUACACACUCUGUUGAAUUCUUUGGGAGAUUUUUGAAGGGAGCUUUGUAUUUUCACUGUUGAGAGAGGGGAGCUGUUUUAUAAUUGGAUUAUCUGUAGUUUAAUUUCCUUUAUAUAUAUUUCUCUCAGACCUUCAAUUCUUUCCUUA